GUAGGGGACUCUCACGAAGGCUAUACUGACAGCAAACUUAUUUUCACUGAUUUGUGUUUUUAAUCCACAUAUUUAAACAUUUAACCAGCUAAAGUUUUACCAUUUCACUAGCAUGGCACUAACUCCUGCUUUAAGUAGCAAGUUUUUUUGUCUUUUUUUUUUCACUUUCGGCGUCGCGACCACUUUAUGCACACCCCUCUUGGUGAACGCAAUGGUUCAUUCCAAGCUCUGUCGUCAGAAAGAGACUCGCUAGUUUCUGGUGUGUGUGUGCGCGCGCGCGUGUGUAUGUGGUCGCUCUUAGCGGUAGCUUUAGUUUUUAUUUAGUUAACGCUUCACUAUUUUAUAAACACUUAAAUAUUUCAUCUGAAUCACCAAAAUCAUGUCUACUCCUGCUAGACGGCGACUCAUGAGGGAUUUCAAACGGCUCCAGGAGGAUCCUCCAGCUGGUGUGAGUGGAGCUCCAUCUGAGAACAACAUCAUGGUGUGGAACGCCGUCAUAUUUGGCCCCGAGGGAACGCCUUUUGAGGACGGUACGUUCAAGCUGACGGUGGAGUUUACAGAAGAAUAUCCCAACAAACCUCCGACGGUGAGAUUCGUCUCCAAGAUGUUCCACCCAAACGUGUAUGCAGACGGAAGUAUUUGCCUGGACAUCCUUCAGAAUCGUUGGAGUCCAACGUACGACGUGUCCUCCAUCCUGACCUCCAUUCAGUCUCUUCUAGACGAACCGAACCCCAACAGUCCGGCCAACAGCCAGGCGGCUCAGCUGUACCAGGAGAACAAGCGCGAGUACGAGAAGCGGGUGUCGGCCAUCGUGGAGCAGAGCUGGAGAGAUAGUUGACCCCACACACACACACACCCCCUCUUUAACACUCACCUCCCGUUUCUGUCUCUGUUUAGCGGAGAAUAAAUAUUUACUCUUUUUUUGGGGUUUGUUUUUAAGUUUUUUAUGCACUUUACUUAUCGUACAGGAUCGUGGUUCUGUGUUUCUCGUGCACGAUCAAGUGAGAAAACCCUGCACGUCUCUCCCUCCCACCACCGUUCUCGUUCUAAUCUGAUCAUGAGGAGUUUACCCUCCUAGUGCUGUAUUCUGAAUAAAAACUCACGCCGUGUCAGUAUUUCAGGAUGAUCUAUAUUAUAUAUACUGUUUUCCCCCUGGUCUUUGGUGUUGUACGCUAUUCUGUGCAUGAAUGCCUGCAUAUGUACCUGUGUGUUCCAGCAAGCUUGUAUAUAAGACCCAUGAUGGAUUAUAUAUGUACAGAUUUUGCACUGGUUGUCAGUCAUCUUUUCCAGCACUUGUAAAUAAUGGAAAUAAAAAAAUUUAAAAAAAAAACACCACAAGGGGUGCGCCCUUUUUUUUUUGUGGUUUCGGAGACGUGCGAGUUUCAGAGCCUUGUUAUCAUGAACAACAACGGAAAAAGUUCUCUUUCAACUUUACACCAUACAGAACCAUGAACACGCGGCUGUGUCUCAAAUCGCUACGUACUUGACUGACUAAAGGGAAACGACGUCACCGCUUGAACUAAGAAUGCGAUAUAUAAAGAGUAACACGCUCCGUGUAACCAUAAACGGAUAAAACGUAAGCAGUGCCGUUCUUUAAUAAGUAAAAAUAUGUCUCAACGCAAGUGCGAACAGGAAGCUGUUUCACAGACAUUACGUGCGAGAAUAAACGGAUAAAAGCUGCGACUCAAGUUGUAUGUUUUGUGUACCGAGCCGCUUCAAACAUCCCAGACGACCCAAAGUGUUCACUCUAGGGGUGAUUUUUUUAAAUAAAAAAAAAACAAACAUUUUGUUGUAAAGUCCAUCCUGUGGUGUCCUGUCAUGGCUCCGCCCCUUUUCCUUCCUCUGUGUAGAACAGGCUGAGUCUGUAAAGUAUUAAUAGCGCACUACGUGUUGACUUCCUCGGCGUGAAGAAAGCAUUCUGACUAAAAA